CAUCGCCAUGUCCAUCGGAGGAGACUCCUGGGGCCUUCGUCUAAUUAACUUCGGUCUAGCUAUUCGAGGUACUACAGUAGUACUCCCUCCCUCUCUCUCUCUCUGUAUGGCGUAGUAUGGCUCGGAAAGGGGCAUCGACUGCCGGCGAGAAAUCAGCCAUGUCAUCCAUGUCACGAUUCGCCCCUCGACCAGAUGCUCAUCAUGUCCUUGUGCCAACUGCUGCCAGGGUCUUUCCUCGCAGGGACUGGACAGACAUAUCUCUCCAGAUACAGAUACAUCAUCGCACUUACGCUAUCCAGCUGGGUUGGGUGAACGUUUCAACAUCCCAUACGCCAAGACGAAACCCCGAUAUCUCUAGGGACCCUAUCCUUACCUGUUGUCCAAUAUGGCACAGUCAAAGGUUGUCAUUUAUGCGAUGCGCAGGGAGCUUCGCUUGUCAGACAACCCCAUAUUCCACCACUUCGCCAAUCCAGAGUCGAAACACGGGUUUUCACACCUUCUCCCCGUGUACGUCUUUCCUGCACAACAGAUUGACCUCUCCGGCUUUGUUCCAAAGGGGAGUGAAAACCCACAUCCUGCCCCCAAAAGCGCCGUUGGAGGGUAUGCAAGAUGUGGACCAUAUCGUGCCAAGUUCCUGGCAGAGUCGGUUUGGGAUCUCAAGACAAGCCUUCAAUCGAUUGGCAGUGACCUCCUCGUCCGUGCCGGACCAUACAAGGAUGUCAUCAAGUCUCUGGUCGAAGGGCUCAAAGCAAAGGAAUGCCAAGUUGGAGCUGUAUGGAUGACAAGCCACGAAGGCUCAGAGGAGAAGAGUGACGAGAAGACUGUGGCAUCUUUUUGUGCAAAAAGUGGCAUAGAUUUCAAGCUAUGGGAUGACGAGAAAUACCUUAUCCACGAGUAGGUUUUCCACCUGCCCCCAUGGUGCAUUUUAACGAGGAAAAAGACAAAGAUUAAAGAAAGGCCUAA